CUUCACUGCUGUGAUGUUAUAUCAACUCUAGGAGGGGACGGUGAAGUGUCAAGUGAAAGUUAGCGUUCAUUUAACACAAAAUCCUCUUGUGAAGAAGUCAUUCGCUUUUGUUUGUUCAUUUUACUCUCAAGUGCAGAAGACGCAAUGGGUGAUACAGGGCCAUUGUGUGUCAAUGUGCACUCUACGAGCGCAACAACAGAAAAUCUCAGUAGGCACGACAUGCUCAACUGGGUGAAUGGCAGCCUCAAGACACGUUACACCAAAAUUGAGGAGCUCUGUUCUGGGGCAGCCUACUGCCAGUUCAUGGACAUGCUUUUUCCAGGAUCUGUCAACUUGAGGAAAGUGAAGUUCAGAACGAACUUGGAACAUGAAUACAUCCAAAAUUUCAAGGUCCUGCAGGCAGUAUUCAAGAAAGUUGGCGUAGACAAAAACAUCCCCGUCGACCGUCUCGUGAAAGGCAGAUUCCAGGACAACUUUGAGUUUGUGCAGUGGUUUAAGAAGUUCUUUGACGCCAACUACGCCUACGAUGGGCAGGACUACGACCCAGUGGAAGCCAGGGCCAACGUAUCCGUGGGCAGUUCAAGCAUGGCACCUCCACGUGCCACUGGGAAUAGCUCGUUAAGGUCACAGACGCGGCCAGUCCAUGCAACAAAGCCAGUGUCGAGGAGUACGGUUCCAAGUAAACCGAUAGGGGCGGCGACCAGAAUACCUGGCGGAGGGGUCUGUGACACCCAGAAGCUCGACGAGCUCACGGCACAGAUUGCAGACCUGAAAGUCACUGUGGACGGACUGGAGAAAGAGAGAGAUUUCUACUAUGGCAAGCUGAGAGACAUCGAAGUCCUUUGUCAAGAAAAUGAACAGAAGGAGGGAAAGUCCGAGGCGGUGGAACAAAUUUUAGAGAUCCUGUACGCAACGGAGGAGGGCUUCUCCGUUCCCGAAGAAGGGCUUGAAGAGGGAGCACCGGAACCAGCCAAUGGGGAUGAAGAAUACUGAGGUUCUUUUGAGAAGGAGCAUCACCCUUUCCUUUAUCCCUGCCUUUACUUAUUUUUAAUUUGUGCAUGCAAAGUGUGUCUUGAGACACUUUGGUGCUGGUUUUUAAGUUACGAAGCUCUUGAAAUACAUUGGUGAUGUGCCACCACUAUCUGUCAGCAAGGGGCAUUUGUACCUGUCUGUUUUGCCCUCCAAAUGACUUUGUAAAAUUUGCACAAAAGAAAUGUGAAUUUUUUGCUGUAAACCAGAUGAACUUGGGGUGGUUGGUACUUGAUCUGCAUAGCUCUUUUAUUGAAGUGCAGAAGCACGUAUGUGUUUUCUCUACUCUUCUUUUUUAAACAUCUUUGGAAUAGGAUAGAUUGUAGCAGGCCUGGAAAUUAUGAUUAAACAUUUACUGCUGAUUUGUUUGGAGAUAUUUCCGUAGUGUAAACACAAAAUAACUGAGAACUGAUCUUCCCGAGGGAGUCUCGAGUUGUUUUGGGCUUUCAUUUUAGACACAUUCAGCGGUUUACAGCUUGAGAAACACAUUAGCGGUACAGAUCUCUCCUAGUGAAGCAAUAGACACUUUUACCCGAACAUGAGUUUCAGGUAUGGUUUGGGAAAGCUUAUACAUAUGUAAAAUAAAAGUAGUGCAUCACGGACAAAGAUAGCAGUGCAUUUCUUGUAGGUUGAUGAGUUGUUUUCCUUUCCCAUAGAAGUGAGCUGUGUUACUAUAUAUUGGAGUGAAAAAAAAAAAAAGAACAUAGUCUGUCCUGCCUCAUGACAUAGGUAGAUGCUCAAACCUUGCUUUGCUUGAUGUGAAUUUGUCCAUGUCUACAGGCACACUCUCUCUCUACCGGGCUGUUUAUUCGUGCUUUUGUUUUGGGCAUUGUACUCACGAAGCAUUUCUUAGGUAUCCUAGCUCCAUUCCUCAUAGUAAAGGACCAAAGUACGCCAUCAUCAAGACUUCUCGGAAUUGCUUUCACGGCACCUCUCUUAGGUAGUUCUCCGACUCUCUUGAGAGUCUGCCAAAUAGUUUUUCAUGAGCAUUGUGAAAUUUUUUCACUGUUUGCAAAUUGAGAGGGAAAGGGCGAUCAGUUGUCUUGCAGUUCUCAGUGAUUGGAAACUGUUAUAUAUUAUCGUGACAUGGCCCUUGAAGUCUGGCAGGUCCACUCGCCCAUCUGCCAUUUGAUUGGAGUGAGUAGUCUGCAGUCACGAGGCUCUUGAUUAGCGUUAUGACCUCACUCAGUGUGUUACAAUGUAAGUACGAAGUGGUCAGGAGAACCACGAGGACCUCUCAGUUGUAAUCUACUGAGCCGUCUGACUGGAGGCGGCUAUUAUAAAAGUCCAGGCCUAGGUUUUGAAAAUAAACUGUAAGCCCUUGCCGAGACGCACGCAAACAAAUCUCGUGACUGCAUCCUUGAAGGUUCUCAAAAGGACACGGUAGUCUUCGACCUCAUGUUGUUCCGAAUUGGUUGUGAUGGGGUGCGCAAUCUGGAGGUCGUCCCGCAACCGAGAGUGACUUGGCUGCCUUUGGGUAUUUUAACCUGAUUUCUUUUUUACCUGUCUGUUUCUCGCUCCACAGUGGUUUAUGCUGUUACUGUGUGACGUGAUUACUACUAUGAUCUGCACAAAGUUGGCUAAUAAAGUGAUGCUUGUUGUGACAUUCA